AUCCUCUGGUGCAAUGGGGGGGGGGGGGUUGCAAGCAGGGACGACGCUUUAGGAGAGGAUACUUCGAACCCAUCCAUUCCUUCUUUCCUUCUCCUCCAUCAUGGCCGCCCGUAACGCUGCCGCUGCCGUAGACUGGGCUACAAUCUACGGUCGUCUCGGACUCGGCAGGGAGACAGUCGCCUCCUUGCAAGCUUUUAGAGCUCGAAACACCUCUGCAGCCAACAGAAAUGCCGCUUUGAAAUCCACCAUUCCAGAGAUCGAUAUUUCUCACUACAAGAAUGUUUUGAGGGAUCAACAGGUUGUCGGGCAGUUGGAAAAGGUCUUGAACGACUUCAAGCCUGUGACUUACGACGUCGCCAAGUGGGAUCAACUCGUUAACCAAUUCGAGACCAAGGCAGUCGACGCCGCUAAGCAGACUUUGGCCAAGAUCCAGACCGAAGAGAAGGGCUUGAACGAGACAUUGUCUAACAUUAAGGACGCUAGAUCAUUCGACGAACUCACCAUUCACGAUGUUGCUCAUGCUAGACCAGAAGUCCAAAAGACCGUUGACAACAUGGUCAAGAAGGGCAAGUGGGGCGUGCCAGGAUACAGGGAGUCGUUUGGAGAAAUGUCCGUUUUGUAAACGGUUCACUUCCGCAUGCAAAAUCAUACAGACUCCGU